GGGAGAUAUUACACAUACAUAUUUAGACUGGCUGCCCCUCCAGCCAGCAAAGCAUCCAAUUCAGCCAGCCUGUAUCCAGCCGCCUCCUCCUUCUUCCACCGCUGCUGCUUCUUCUUCACUUCCUAAAGCCCCCCAUCCACGGAUCUAAAAAGCUCCGCUCAUUCCACGCACUCGCUCCACUCGGGACUCACUCUAUGGUAUGGUGAUCAGACCGGGGUAAGGACAUGAUUCAGACUGUCCCAGAUCCAUCAGCUCAUAUAAAGGAAGCAUUAUCAGUGGUGAGCGAAGAUCAGUCAUUAUUUGAGUGCGCCUACGGAACGCCACACCUUGCCAAGUCUGAGAUGACGGCUUCAUCCUCCAGUGAAUAUGGGCAAACUUCGAAAAUGAGUCCACGGGUCCCUCAGCAAGACUGGAUGUCCCAGCCCCCAUCCAGAGUCACCAUCAAGAUGGAAUGUAACCCCACUCAAGUGAACGGAUCCCGAAACUCCCCAGAUGACUGUAGCCUUUCCAAAGGUGGCAAAAUGAGCAGCGGAUCGGAGAAUAUUGGAAUGAAUUAUGGCAGCUACAUUGAGGAAAAACACAUCCCACCUCCCAAUAUGACAACAAAUGAACGGAGAGUAAUUGUCCCUGCAGAUCCAACAUUAUGGAGCACGGAUCAUGUGCGGCAGUGGUUGGAAUGGGCAAUUAAAGAAUAUGGAUUGCCAGAUGUCGAUGUCAUGCUUUUCCAAAAUAUUGAUGGGAAAGAAUUAUGCAAAAUGACCAAAGAGGAUUUCCACAGACUCACGGCCAGCUACAACGCAGAGAUCUUGCUCUCUCAUCUCCACUACCUCAGAGAAACUCCUCUUCCUCAUUUGACUUCAGAUGAUGUUGAUAAGGCCUUACAAAACUCACCACGAUUAAUGCAUGCUAGAAACACAGGAGGUGCCACCUUUAUAUUCCCAAAUACAUCGGUAUAUCCAGAAGCAUCUCAGAGAAUCACAAACAGACCAGAUUUAUCCUACGAGCAAACAAGAAGACCUGCAUGGCCCAAUCAUCCCACACCACAGUCAAAAGCUUCACAAGCGCCCACCGUAGUGCCAAAAACAGAAGAUCCAAGACCCCAGCUAGAUCCUUAUCAGAUUCUUGGCCCAACAAGCAGUCGCCUUGCAAAUCCAGGCAGUGGACAAAUCCAGCUCUGGCAGUUUCUCCUGGAACUUCUCUCAGACAGUUCAAACUCCAACUGCAUUACUUGGGAAGGAACGAACGGGGAGUUUAAGAUGACCGACCCGGACGAAGUGGCAAGACGUUGGGGAGAAAGGAAGAGUAAACCUAACAUGAACUACGACAAGCUCAGCCGUGCACUCCGCUACUACUACGACAAGAAUAUUAUGACUAAAGUCCACGGCAAGCGCUAUGCUUAUAAGUUUGACUUUCAUGGGAUUGCUCAAGCCCUUCAACCACAUCCUCCAGAAUCAACGAUGUAUAAGUAUCCUUCUGAACUUCCCUACAUGAGCUCUUAUCACACACACCCUCAGAAGAUGAACUUUGUUGCUCCCCAUCCUCCAGCUUUACCUGUGACAUCAUCCAGUUUCUUUGCAGCUCCAAACCCUUAUUGGAAUUCACCAACCGGCAGUAUUUAUCCCAGUAGCCGACUCCCGGCAAGUCACAUGUCAUCUCAUCUUGGAAGUUACUACUAGCGCUCAAGAAAAAGACUUUACUGUGGAUUAUAAUUCGCCAGCGACUCUACCAGGAGAUCAUGACGAGUUAUCCGUGCCUUUUAUAACAGGUGCACAAAAAUAAGGGCAGAUAGGCCACAAACGCAAAACUUUUUGUAGAGGUUAAGGACGCAAAAUUUUACUAACGAAGUUCAAAUGCCAAAGAUGCAACAUAGGAGACAUCAGCAUUUAACUAAUAUGUA